UUUUAACAGGAUGUAUGUGUCCGUUAAGAACAUAAGUGUAUGUAACACACAGUGCAUGUUGUAAGAGUAAGUGAGAUCCCGUGACAAAAUGAGUAUAAAAGGUGCAAACGCGUUAACAUGAAGACGAGCCUGGCUCCUAUUCUUAUUCUGCUCUUAAAUUUCAAGGAGACGCAUGCUCAAUAUCGAUUUCCUGUGUUCAGUGUGGAUUCCUGUCCAUCAACUCUCGACUCUCGUAAUUCUGCAGCAGAAAGACUGAAUUGCUCAUUAUAUGAAAAUAAAAAUCCUUCUUAUUUCUGUGUUCCAAAUCAAGAUAAAACAGCUCUACUGGAAUUCUGCUAUGGCGAAUUUUUCGGCCUCGUACAGAAUGGACAUUGUUUAUAUCUAUCAACAACAGGAUACCUGAAUCAAGACGAAUGCAAUUUCUUUACAGAGGGCUGUCCUACUUCUUACUAUUUAAGCAGCAAUAUAUAUAAGUAUCCUAGAUGUCAUCAGAUAGACAAAGAAAAUAAGUGUUUUCUUGCCGAUCCGAAGUGCAUAUCGAGCUCUUCUACAAGGACUCAUGCACCUACAUAUGAGUCUUAUGCACCAAAUACAACGACUGUACCAUACAUCAUUUUGAACAGUUCUUCUACCACUAAACCUCCAACAUCAGGCGAUGAUGGUAUUUCAAGUGGAUUAGUUGCAGUAUUUCUGUGUAUCUUUGCUGUCAUAGUUUUCCUGUUAUUGGUUGUCGUGUUUUACAAAAAAAGGCGGGAAAAAAUAAGAAGACGGUUUGAACCAAACUUAGGAACGGAAGAAAUAGGACUUAUUUCACAUGAAACUGAAAAAAAGAGAAGACAUUCACAAGAUGGAAAGACACAUUGGGCUCCUCCUCAUCAUCAUCAUCCUGAUGUGGAAGGUAGUCCUGAUUUGGAAGUGCAAGAGGAGGGCAAUAAUUUACAUAUUCGAGUGAUAACACAUCAUCCCCCAGAUGACGAUACCAUACGGUGGCUAAAAGACGGCGUGAAUAUAGAUUGUGUGUACGACAAUGAGAAAUACUUAUCCAUUUGUCACGGAAAGAAUGUCAGUGAUAGACAUGUAUAUCUGUACGUUUUCAACACAACAAAAGAAGAUUCGGGGAAGUAUACCGCUAUAUGGAAAGAAGAUGGAGAGGAACACAAAAGAGAUAUUGUAUUUACAAAAGACGAAAGUGGAUCAGCUCACAGAAAACACAGAGAUGGCAGAAAGGUUUAUGAAGUUUUAGUGCGACAAUAUGGAAAUAAUCUGAGAAUACGCGUGACUACAACUAAUACACCUGUUGAUGUUAAAUGGUACAAGGACGACAAAGAAAUAGAUGUCUCCAAAGAUGCAGACAAAUAUCUGUCAGAAGUUGAUGCAAAUAAAAACUAUUUAUUUCUCUAUAUUUUCCAAUUAACACUUAGGGAUUCUGGUUCAUAUCAUGCUUCAUGGAGGGCAGAAGAAACUGGAAAUACAAUUGAGAUCCAUAAAACAAAAAUUCAUUUUGAAUCAUUAAAACUAAUUGGACCAAAGAUAAAAGUUGAAAAAGACAAAACGCAAGCAGAGAAAGUUCACAAAAUGGAGAAUAUCAUCUUUCCUAUUUUUCCUGUUAAUAGAAGUUACAAUUUGGUUGUGAUAGAGAAGGAGGAAUCUACAGAUAUCAUCAGUAAUGUUAAUUUAGAACUUUUUGGACAGUUUGAAGAUGAUGAUUUUCGUCGCCUUCUGCAUUUUGGAAUCCUUUUGAGUGAAAGAGGGAACAUUAUAUGGAAUAACGAAGCGCAUAUCAGUCUUUUGGAUGACAUAAGAAAGCUAAUGAAACACAAACAAUUAAUAUCAGUGGAAGAAUAUCAAAGAAUUGCUACUGAAUUAUCUGACCAAAGUUUACAUGUUGAUGAAGAAGGAGUUUCUUUUCUAAAUAUGGAUGUGGAAUUACAAACUGUGUGGGCUCUAAUGCAAAACAACAAUACAUUUGAGACAAUAAUGUGGUUGUUUAAGAGACAGAGUGGACCUAUUGUUCAAAACUAUUUCAGAACGCCAGAUUAUGAAAGACAAAAAAAUGAAAUAUGUGUUGUUUUAUGUGAUAUGCUAUGUGAAAACUUCCGAGAAUCUCUAAUUGAGCAGUACGUCAGACAAUCAGAUACACAGGCUUUGUCCAAAGAGGAGAAAUAUAAACUUUUGGAGAUGAAGAAAGAAGACUAUAAAUUCGAUCAAAAGCAGAGCUCUCUUUUGCAAUGUGCUGUUUACUAUUCAUUCAUGGCGGGAAAGGACACGCCUAAAUGUUUAGCAAAAUACUUUAGAUCUGAGGGAUAUAAAGCGGAGGAAAAUGAGAUGUGUAUUUGCUUGCCUUUGGAAUACAAUGAAAAUCUGAUACGAAAACUGGGCAUAGAUAUCUUGACUCACAAAACAUUUAGUGAUAUUUUAAUCCAUAAAGAUAUCUGCACAUAUCUGCAUAUCCCCGAAGAAGUAAUGAAAUGGCCCGAAGAAGGGAGACAGAGAUAUAUUGUAAACUUCAAAGCUGGAAACAUUGAAAUGCAUCGCGCUAGAGGUAUGAUUGUAGGGUGUGCCGGUUCAGGAAAGACAACUCUGUUGAGACGUCUACAGCGUCAAGACAGAAAGGAUUUUCACAAAGAUACACCAACAACAAUAGGACUUGAAGUUCAUCAGAAUAUAUUUUUGAUUGAAAAUAACACACUUCAGGAUUUUCAUGCUCAGAAAGAAAUUGACGGGUAUCAAGUGAAUUUGCACGAGGACAAAAAACUCCUGAGUAUAACGGAUUUUGCUGGACAAGUUGCCUACUACGCCUGCCAUCAGAUUUAUCUUUCAAGAAGAGCUUUCUACAUACUUGUAGUAGAUAUGUCAAAGGACUUAAAAGAUAAACCACACUUAAAAAACCGUCAUAAUCCUAUGGGGUCGUUGUUUGAAAACUGGACGUAUGAAGCAUACUUUGUAUUUUGGCUUCAAUCGAUAAGAACUUACUGUGAUGACGAAGAAUUGAAGAAAAAGUAUGGAGACCAAUGUGGAGCCAAUCCUGUUAUUCUUAUAGCCUCCCAUCAAGACCUUAUAAAGUCCAAGCAAGAAAGAACAUCUUUGUCUAGCUCACAAAACUUAUAUUUUUACGACGAGUUAGAACGCUGUUUGCCAAAAGAACAAACACUAAAAGACCACUUAUCCCCUAAACGUUACUUUGAAAUUGCAUGUCCCAAAGGUAAGCUCAGAAAAUGUCAAGAGAAAGUUAUAGAAGAAGUCAGAAGAUGCAUCGUGGAGACUGCUACAAACCUACCACAGUGGGGUGAGAAAAUACCCGUCAAAUGGUCAAUAUUCGAACAACAUACGUGUGUAUGGGCAAAUAAGAAAAAACGAAUAUUGAAAAGAAAGAAAUUGGGAGAGAUAAGCGAAUUCCAAUCCUUGGGUGACAGUGACAUCGACGAUAUGCUCCGAUUUUAUCAUGAGAUCGGUUACAUCAUUUACUUUUUAGAUGAGGGCCUUAAAGAUACUAUCAUUUUGGACGUACAGUGGUUUGUUGAUGCUUUUAAAAAUAUAAUAACAGAUCCUUCUCAUGCCCGUCCAUUCUGCGCAAAAUUCAAUGAAUGGGAAGUUUUCAUGAAAACUGGACGAAUAUCAGAUUCAACACUUUGCAAGGUAUGGAUAAAAAAUAAAAAUGAGUCGUAUGUUACUCAUAAGGACGAAAUCAUGCCAUAUAUGGAAAAACUUGGAAUUCUUGCAAAAGUUUGUGAACCAGAAUUGAAGAAAAUGAAAUCAAGUCAUGCCUCACCAUACAAUGAAGAAUCCAUUUACUAUAUCCCAAGUAUUAACAAAACCGACUUUACAGAAGAUCGUAAAGCUUUAAUCAGCGAAGGAAAAAAGACCCCGAUUUUGGUAUUUUAUUUCAAAACUUAUCUUCCACAUUUCUUUUUUUAUAGACUUGUCGUCAAGUGUUUUUCAAAGUGGCGGGCAUUGAGUGAUGAUCUUUUUUGCAAAAAUACUGCAUUUUAUAUGCCGGAAGGUGGUGAUCAUAAUAUUGCUAUUGCUGUAAAUAAAUCAUCCCUACAGCUGCAAGUAUUUUCACCGGGUGCAGACAUUCAUCUCUCUGAAAGCAAAACAAAAGAAAUCAGAAAACAUGUAGAGAACAUAAUUAAGGAACUUACACAAACGUUUCAUCAACAGGUAGUCUACGAAACUGGAUACGCAUGCAAGGAUAUAGAUCUUACUGAUGAGGACGAAGAUUAUUUUUUAAAUGAGGAAGAAGUUGCAAAACUAAAAUCGAACGAAAGACUUUGUUUAAAUUCCUACAAGGAGAAUCACGAAAAGCACAAUAUCCAUCGUGACAACUUGCUGCAAUACUGGUACAAGUCAAGUGAGGACAUGAUUUCUGAGGAACAACCAUUGAAAUAGCUGAAGACCAGAUAAUCUUGGAAAUAGAUGAUUCAGAUCGACCAUUUCAAGAGAAAUAUGUGCACUUUGGCUUAACAAAAAGCCUGGUUAUUUGAACCAUUUUGAUUUAAAAGAAAACGAUUAUAUAUUUCUUUUUAUUAAACUAUUUUAUAUCAUUGUUCAUUUACAUGUAUUAUUGCCAUUGUGAACUUAUUUACAUUUGACAUCGAUUUAUAUUUUACUAUGAAACGAAAGUCAAUUUCGAUCUCAGUAUUGUUUUUAAAAUACUCUGGAUUCUUAUAUGUUUUAAAAGUAAGUCAAACACUUAGUCAUAAUCUUAUACUCAAUGUACAUGUAAAAUGCUUAAUUAUACUUUCCCUUUUUACUUAUGCUUUCCUCCUUUUUGUGAAGGUCGGUUCAUUACCAACCUAAUUUCAUUUCACCUGAGCUGAAAGAUCAUGUUAUAUUUUCUUAUCAUAUCACACAGCAAUGUUUAGUCAUAUUACUAAUAUGGAAACAUCUUUUUCUUAAGGUAGAAUCAUGUUUGUUCAAAUCACAGCAACAAGAGUAGGAUGGUGCCAUAAAGCACUAUUUGAGUUUAACAUGGGGUGGAAAGUUAAAGAAUCUCUAAAAUCUUCUUCUCUAGAAAGGCUAAAAGCAAUGAUUAGUUGCAUUGAUUUAGAAGUUUCUUGAC